GGUUCUAUACAGACAACAGUGGUGUAGUGGAAUUAUGUGAGUUGUGUAGUUUACCGUGGUUACUUAAAAACACUGCUGUAAUAGUCGGUGGUAGUGGUCGUAGUGCAAUGCCUCCUGGACAGAUGACAGCACAUUAAGACAUCACACGUGCUGUGUAGUUAACGCCCGAUUGGUACCAUCUUUGAAUUUCGUAAUAUGUAUGCUUUAAGCCUUCUAGGUUUUUCGUCCAACAGGUUCAGCAGUAAAACGAGCAUGAAAGAAAGUUCAACACGAAGAAUUGAACUCUACCAUAAGCAGACGCUUGGUUAUGGCUGUAUUCCGGUUACUGCUUUUAAAUACCAAGAGGAUAUUCUGAGAUAUCUCGACAAAACUGGAACUUUAAUGAGGUUACAGGAAGCCACAAACAAAUACGAAAGAAGGUUACAGAAAGAUCGAGAUCAAAGACUACCAUUUCUGUUUCUGCUGGAGCUAGAUAUAGUUCUGUUAUCUGAAAUUUCAGCACUGUUUUCAACCUUGCUCCUAAAUGAACCCAGUGUAGCGCAACACAUUAUCCAUUAUGUUGUGCACUGUGCUGCAUCUACUACAGGUGGUAUUCCAGAUCUGCAGUCAGAAGACAUACAAGUGCUCCUCAGGUUAAAAUCUCUUCCUCCCCUCCCAGGCCUUGUGAAGACAGGUCCUGAGAACACCUCAUCUGGACUCAUGCUCCUGCAAGGCAUUCUUGUUGCACAAACUCUUCCUAUAAAAUAUAUACGGAGUGCAGUAUUCCGAUGUCCAGAUUCCCUCUGCCGCAGUCAGCAGGGGCAACGUGUAGCAGGAAAUGUAAUACAGUGUGUGCCACAUUGCAGUGUUUGUGGUAGAGAAAUGAAGGAGUACUGUAGAGCUCGUGACACAGGGGAUCAGGUACUUGGUCUCCUUGUCAGUCCAUCUGCAUUAGAGAAUCCAGGCUCAAAAGAGUUUGUCCGACACCAGAGCACUCUUGUUUGUUUCCAGGAUGAAUUAAUGGUGGAUUUGGAGUUGGGCGUCCGUUAUGAUGUUCCUGGUCUUCAGACUAACGCAUAUUUUCAAGCAUGGAAUGUUCAGCGUUGGGUGUCAGACACUGAUGCUAAAAUACGCCAUCAAGAACUUCCUUCGCUUCUUAUGCCUCCAGCAAUUUCUGCCCUUAAUGCUUAUCUUAGCCAUUGUUGCCCAAGUUCCCCUUGGGCUUUGGUUGCAGCACUUGCAGCACAGAUGGCUGCAGACAUGUUCCCCACCCCAGCACUGCUGCACCUCAAGCUGGGGCUGAUCCUCAGCCUUGCAUCGCAGGGUAGAAAUCACCCUCCAGUGCCAAUAUUGGCAGUAGGAGCAGAUACUUUGGCUGCUCACCACCUGUUGCGCCAUGCCACUCUGUUGGCCCAACGAUGUGUCACACUCAGCUCCCCAUCACACUGGGGUCCAUUACAUGGCACCGCACAUCACGAUGAGCAAGGCAACAGCUGGCUUGAAGCCGGAGCUCUUCUGCUAGCAUCCACUGGUGUAUGCUUUCUUGGGGACUGGGCAAAGUUCAAGUCCACUAAUUUGCGCUCGUCAGUUCUUUCAGCAAUUGAAAGUGGUCAGGUGACUGUAGACACACAAAGACUGGCUUCUUCAGGUCCUGCUGUUACCUCUCCCAAAUUUCCUCUCCGAUGCUCAGUAUGGACUUACAGGUACUGGACUCCUGGAGAAAAGGGAGUUGAGCAGGUUCAGCUGCGCACCCUUAUUGAUGUGUUUGGGAUGCCAUAUCUAGCGGACACAGGCACAGAGGCGGACAGAGUGUCCCACAGCAUGCUACAAGCAGCCAUUGGCUUGGGAAAUAAUACCACUAAACCAUACUAUGCAGUUCCAGUUCAUGAGCUACAACAGUUCUUGGCAGUGGUUUCUGCCCAACCAGUGAAGCUUGGAGACAAAGCCAGUCAACUGAUACAUGAUUAUUUUGUAGCAAGUCGAAGGCUCAGGUCCCACUGCCUGCCUGUCGGGGCAGUUGCCACCAUUACGGCUCUAUCAGAAGCUCAUGCCCGGCUGGCCAUGAGACACGAGGUAAACUAUGAAGAUGUCUCAGCUGUGCUGUGCCUCUAUGAGACGGCAAUGGUGACAUUAUUUGGCUCUUACUAUGUCACCCCACCACCUCAACCAAAACUUUUGGAUGUGAACUCAUUACCUCUUCAGGUCCAUAUGCAGAUGACAGAGUUUGUAGCUUGGUUGGAGAAGCACAUAAAAUCGUUGCUUGGUUGCUCCAAUUACAACAUUAAUGCGGAAGAGUGAAGUGUGUGAUUCACUGUAUUGAAGAAGAGAUGCUGUAGUCUCCUUUUUAAGCUUGAGCACAGUUGAUUCAUGGCCAAAGUAAAUGAACAUAUUCAAAACUCUGAUAAUUAAUAUUCUUGUUCAAGAACAGCAAGAAUUGGAUUAUUAUAUCUUACAUAUUUAUUAAUAGUUAAUUUUCAGUUACUUUAUGUGUAUGAAUUACUUGACACCAAAGUUGCAAUGGACAGAGAAGGAAUUAUAGCAGAGCGCCAUUGGGUGUUCCAUAGUUGAAGGUUUUCCCUCUUAACCUUCAAUUUCAUGUCAAUAAUCUGAGUGUAUAUUACCUCCAUUUCAAGUGGGAGGUUCAAAGUGUUUCAUAUACGAUGGGGUACCCAAAAGAAACCGAACUAAUUUUUUGUGGGCAGAGCUUUUGUAGUACCGCGUUUUGU